GAAAGUGCACAAAUUAUGCUGGGUGUAAACAUGGUGCAGGUAGCAACACCCACACAUUUUUUAACAGAGUCCAACACACUCUCUUAACCAAUCCGGGGAUUUCGCCCUCUGCAAACGCCUCUCUUCCAUUCUGCACAAAGUAAUGGGGUUUUCGAAGGAACAGCUUCUUGCACGAUUGAAGGAGCUUCUUAUUAAUUUUUCCCAGUAUGAGCAUCCGGCUAUUUUGACAGUGGAGGAAGGGGAAAAGUAUGUUGGACAUUUGGGGGGUGGAGUGAGUAAAAAUUUGUUUUUGAAGGACAAGAAACAGCGGUUUUAUCUUGUUUCUGCUUUAAAGGAUACCAAAGUGGAUAUAAAAGUGUUAUCUCAGCGGCUUGGUUUAGGAAAAGGAGGUCUAAGAAUGGUGCCUUCAGAGGCUUUAGGUGAAAUACUUCAGGUGUCCUUGGGUUGUGUCACUCCAUUUGCAGUGGUGAAUGAAUCUGCACGAGAUGUUUCACUGUUAUUGGAUCAAGGGUUCAAGACUCAGGAAUUCUGUUUCUUCCAUCCGCUAUCAAAUGACAUGACCAUAUCUAUAAACUCUAAUGAUCUUGACAAAUUUCUCAAGUCAAUAGGAAGGGAUCCCUCAUAUGUUGAUUUUGAGGCCAAUCCUCCAGUGGGGAAAGAUCAACCACCUGAUCUAGCUGCUCUAGUUCCAUCUGGCACAAUUAAUUUGCCUGACCAACCAGAAAAGCAACCUUCAUCACAACCUACAGAAGGAAACCAUGUUUCUGUGGAUGAGCCCAAGAUUAUUUCAGCAAAAGUUGUCAAGUCAUGCGUUAGUGGGAAAAAUACAAAGGAGAAAGCAGUCAACAAAGCUCAUUCGUCAGGCAACUUUGCAGAUGUUGAGCUAUUUGUCGAAGAAAUAUUGCAUAAAACAUCAAGAUUAUUGCUUUCAGAGAUCAAGGAAGACACUAUAACGCAACAUGGAGAGAAUUUGGGAACUGUCGUGUCUGACAAUCUACGGAAAGGCCUGAGCUCAGAUUUGGAAAACCUUACUAUGAUAUUUAAGAACACAGCAUACACAGAAGGAUUUCAUGCUGGUUCUCGCCAUCAACCUAGACGCUUCUGAAGAUCACAAUGACUCGAGAUUCACUGACCCGAGAGUAAAAAAGGGUCCAAAACAUCAACUCUACGCUCUACUUGUUCAAUGUUUCUUUUAUGAUUCUGCCAUAUAUUGAUUGAACAUUCAUACAAGAAAAUGUAUGGUACUUGAGAUAUUUUGUUACAAAUUAUAUUGGUGAAAUAUCUUUACUCUUUCUUGCGUGCGAAAUUUAUGUUCAACAUUAUCCUAUAUAAUUAUUUCACAUAAUUUAGUGGCAGGCCUUUUUCUUUC